AUGGGUGUGUGGUCUACGCACUACAACCACUACCACCACACACCACUACACACUACCACAAACUACCACGCCACCACACACUACCACCACUACAACACAACACCACCACCACCACACACUACCAUCACUACCGCACACUACCACCAUACACUACCACCACCACAUACUACCACCAUUACCACACACCACCACACACUACCACUUCAAACAAUCACCACUACCACACACAACCACCACAGCACACUACCAACACACGCUAACAACACCACACACUACCACUUCAAACAAUCACCACUACCAAAAACAACCACCACAACACACUACCAACACACACUAACACCACCACACACUACCACCACAUACCACCACUACCACCACACACUACCAACACCACAACCACUACCACCACACACCAACACCACACACUACCUACACCACAACCACUACCACUACCACCACCACACACUACCACCACUACGACACAUACCACCACCACAUACUACCACCAACACCACACACUACCACCACAUACCACUACUACCACCACCACCACAAAACAAACUGCCACCGACACACACUACCACCAAUACAUACUACCACCACACACCACCACCACCUUACCAUACACUACCAUCACGACACGCUACCACCACCUUACCACACACUACCACCACCACGCACUAUUACUUCACAUUACCACACACUACCACCACCACAACAGACUACCACUACACACUUCAACACACUACCACCACACACUACCACCACCACUACACACUGCCACCACAACCACCACUAUCUAACAUUACCACACACUACCACCACCUUACCACCGCCACCACACACUACCCCUACACACUACCACCACCACACACUACCCCUACACACUACCACCACCACCACCACAC